CAGUACGUUUUAAAUUAUUUUUCACUAGUUGGGUAGCAAUCGUCGUUUUCAAACACUUUAAUAUCUCCAACUGCACCCCCUUUGUUUUCCUUUCCAUGGUACAGUCAGUGGGCACCAUGGCGCUGGCGAGGAUUGGUAAAUGUUGUCGGUCGUUAGUACAUGAUCCCUCUAAAGGACUGUUUUGUGGUGUUUUACAGCCAGGCUGGAUAGACGGCUGUGUAGGAGCUAAGAGGCAUCUCUUGUCAGAAGAUGUUAUCAAACUACAAGACUUCCAGCAAAGGAAGCUGGCUGUGGCUCACCUUGUCACUGGAACAAAAGGAAAUUAUAUAGAGCUGUUCAGUCACAAGCUUCAAAGGAAUGAGCUGAUACUGAGAGAUGAGCUGAAGCUUCUCCUUCACUUGUGCCAGUCUGCAGAUGACAUGAUGAUAGCAAGAGAUGCCAUUUAUAGGUACCAUGCAGAGAACCGGAACUUGGUGUAUGGAGAGUUUAAGUUUGGUCCUCUCUUCAUGAGACUGUGCUAUGAGCAGGGUCUGGAGGACUUGGCUGCUGCUACAAUUACAGAUAAGAGUAUGAGAGAAUUUUUCAACGACGCAACCUCCUUUAACAUCGCCUUAGACAUGUUAUUCACAAAAGGAUCUCAUGAAAAUGCCCUGGAGGUACUAAGAACUAUGAGGAACCAAGGUGUACCAUUCAACAAAGACACAUUAAUACUGGCAUCUGGUAUUUGCUAUAAACUGGACACGGCGGAGUCUUACAGGAUCUGCACUGCUCUAAUAGAAGAGGGGCAGACCAAAGGGAACUUGAUCCCCAGACAUGCUUACUGUUUUGCUGUAGCAUUUGCACUUAGACGAAAUGAUAUCGUAAAGGCACAGUCAUUGUACUCAAAAAUAAUGAGCACUGACAGCAAAUUAUGCCAAAAUUUAAAGGUUAUAAUACUGGCAAGGUCAGGAGCGGUGACGGAUGCCAUUUCCAUACUGUCUGCAGCCAUUUUGCUUAAAAGCCCUUCUUUUGUGAAGAAGCUUGAAUUUUCUCAGGAGGUGGUGGAUUUACUGCGCUUACAGAGUGAGGGCGGACCAUACAUGAUGAAAGUGGAGCAGGUAAUCACUCAUCUUGAGCGAGCUGAUCAGGUGACCCAGCAGACCAUCGAUGGCAUGCUCUGCCACACACCCACGGGGAAGAGGAAACCAGCGCUAAUGAUGGAGGAGAGGAGGACCAGCCGAAGGACUCUGAAGCCACUACAGUCCACUCUGCUGUCGGAGUGAAAGAAGCUGUGUGUCAUUGCAAAGUAGAUCAGUCAAAAAACACU